GGUCCUGCGAGCGGUAACUGUUGCUGUCAGUGCGGGAGAGCCAUGACACAGUCUAUAGUGGUACAAGUUGGACAGUGUGGAAAUCAGAUCGGGUGCCGGUUCUGGGACCUUGCCUUGAGAGAACAUGCAGCAGUUAACAAGAAAGGAAUUUACGAUGAAGCUCUGUGCAGCUUUUUUAGAAAUGUUGAUACAAGAGCUGAAACUGGCAGACCAGAUGUUCAGAAAGGGAAGAUUCGCUCACUUAAAGCACGGGCUGUCUUGAUAGAUAUGGAAGAAGGUGUUGUAAAUGAGAUAUUACAAGGACCUCUUCGAGAUCUUUUUGACAGCAAGCAGCUUGUUACUGAUGUAUCAGGAUCAGGAAACAAUUGGGCGGUUGGUCACAAGUUAUAUGGCUCUCGGUACCGGGAACAAAUCGUAGAGAAUUUGCGACGGACAGCAGAACAGUGCGAUUGCCUACAGUGUUUUUUUGUGAUUCAUUCCAUGGGAGGAGGAACAGGAUCUGGUUUAGGUACAUUUGUACUGAGUGUACUUGAGGAUGAAUUUCCUGAAGUGUACAGGUUUGUCACCUCUGUCUACCCAUCAGCUGAAGAUGAUGUUAUCACAUCACCCUACAACAGUGUUUUAGCCAUGAAGGAGCUUACUGAACAUGCAGACUGUGUGCUGCCCAUUGAAAACCAAUCAUUAGUUGACAUCGUUAACAAAAUUGUUCAGAUGUCAAAUUCUGGAAAGCUUGGAAGUGUAAAGCCAAAUAGUCUUCUGACUUCCAAUAAAGGUGGUGUAAAAGAAGCUGAGAAACCAUUUGAUGCCAUGAACAACAUUGUAGCAAACCUGCUUUUAAAUGUUACUAGCUCUGCAAGAUUUGAAGGGCCACUUAAUAUGGAUCUGAAUGAGAUCACCAUGAACUUGGUCCCAUUUCCUCAUUUGCACUAUUUGACCUCCAGCUUAACUCCUUUAUAUACACUUGCUGAUGUGAAUAUACCUACACGAAGAUUAGACCAAAUGUUCUCCGAUGCUUUUAACAAAGAUCACCAAUUAAUUCGAGCAGACCCGAAGCAUAAUCUUUACCUUGCCUGUGCUUUGAUGGUGAGAGGAAACGUCCACAUUUCAGACCUUCGUAGAAAUAUUGAAAGGCUGAAACCGUCGCUACAGUUUGUCUCUUGGAACCAAGAAGGAUGGAAGACUGGGAUGUGUUCUGUCCCACCAGUUGGCCAUCCCCACUCAUUGCUGGCACUAGCCAAUAAUACAUGUGUUAAGCCAACAUUUAUAGACCUCAGAGACAGGUUUAAUAGGUUGUACAGAAAGAAGGCUCAUCUCCACCAUUACCUACAAGUUGAUGGCAUGGAACAAAGCUGUUUUUCAGAAGCUCUGACAUCGUUAUCCUCUUUAAUAGAAGAGUAUGACCAACUGGAUGCUACCAAAGGGUUAAAUAUGCCAAAUCCUCCUCGAUUUAACAUAGCAGUAUGA